AUGAGGACUGGGGGUGAACAGUCCUGUCUCCCAGCCCUGGGUGGACAGAAGGCUUUCCGGAAAGAGAGGAAGAGGAUGGCCAGUGGAAAUGGGCUUCCUUCAUCUUCCGCCCUGGUGGCUAAACGCCCUUCGGCCCUAGGCCCAUUCCCCAGAUUUGUUUGGAUCCAUCAGGACACACCCCAAGACAGCCUAGAUGAGAUUUGUCAUGAAAUCUGGAAGAGAGUUCAGGGCUUACCCAAGGCCCUGCAGCCCAGGACUUCGCUGGAGGAGCUUUCGGCUCCCAUGCCUGGGACGAUCGGUUUCCAAGAACAAGCUCUGGAGCUGAGUGGAGGCAAGGAUGAGAUCUCCCUGCUGGUGGAGCAGGAGUUCUUGAGCCUCACCAAAGAGCACCUCAUCCUGCUCCAAGAGAGCUCAGAGGAGCUGAUGGCACCUGACAGCACCUCCCAAGGGACCCAGGAGCUGGCUCCCUGCUUUCUUAUGCCCACUCUGGGGGAAGAUAGCAUUGAAUACCCAGAAGCCUCCAUCAUCACGGGUGACCAGCUUCAGGAGCAGAAGUUGGACCUGUCCGUCAUUGGUAGCAGACAAGACUGUGAUUCUGCCACAUCUACGGUGACAGGCAUCCUUAGUGCCGCCAAGGUCAAGAGUGCCAAGGGGAUUGAGGACAGGGGUAGCCUGAGUGCCUCCAAUUCUGAGAUUAGCAAGCUUCUGGCCCAGUUCCCACUGAAGCCCAUGGAAACCUCCAAGGCCCCUGACAACAAGACGGUGCUGGAGGAGACGAAGGUCAUCAAGGACUUCCUGCAGGAUAGCAUGUUCAGUGGCUCUGCAUCCCAGGAGCCCAUGGGGCUGAGCCCAUUCUUGCUGCUGCCACCUCCGUCUCCUCCUCCACUCCCGGACAAGCUCCCUGAGCUCCCCACUCAGAAGAGGCAGCUCCCCGUGUUUGCCAAGAUCUGCUCCAAGACUGACGCUGACCUGGAAGGGCACCACUGGAUGGAACGGAACCCUGGCACCAAGGAUCUGGCCAAAGGUCUGGAGAGCAUCAUUCUUAGCCAGUGGCCUCAGAGCCGGAAGGAAGCCUGUGGUGAGGAGGGUCCCAGUGACUCAGUGGGCACCAUGUCUAUGGGCCUGCCAACCAAGAAGCCUGUGUGGCCACCUGAGAAGAGCCUCCUCUGUGAGAUCUUUGGGACCACCAAGACUCCAAGCAGCCCACUGAGGCUUCGCAGCAAAGUGGAGGUGGAUGGGCUGGAGCUGAAAUUUAACCCACCUGUGGCAGCAGCUGACAAGAACAACAUUAAGUACGCAGGAAACGUCUUGACCCCACGCUUCGCCACAGCCUUGACCUCCACCAGUCUCAACCAGCCUCUCUGGCUCAACCUGAACUGCCCGCCUCCGCCGGUGUUCACCAGCCACUCCACCUUCCCGCAGUAUCACCAGGGUCUGUACCCACAGCGGUCAGCAAGAAUGCCCUAUCAGCAAGCUGUGCACCCCUCAAUGGGCUGCUACUCCCGACAGGUGACACCGUACAACCCACAGCAGAUGGGACAGCAGAUUUUCCGCUCUUCCUACACCCCCCUGAUGAGCUACAUCCCCUUCGUCCAUCCCAGCUAUCCCUAUCCUCAGAGGACACCUCAGAAGCUGCCCACUGUCCCCCGAGACCCUCCCCCAAUGGCAGGAGAUGGGCCUCAGUACCUUUUCCCCCAGGGAUAUGGGUUCAGCUCCACAUCCAGUGGGCCCAUGAUGAGCAGCCCCUACUUGUCCUCCAGUGGUAAUGGCAUUCACUUUUAGACCUCCUUCUCAUUCUCUUCCUCCCCUACUUCGCCCGUGGAUCAGGGCUAGGGGUUCUGGAGUUCUGGAUUCUGCAACAGCUUGGUAUGAAGUUUGGAAAGCCAAGGUUCCGACCAGGUCACCGACAGAAACCAGCAAGCCCGGAUUCAACGAUGACCAACACUCACACGCACAGCCCUUCACACGGCACACGGUGCAG